AUGGCGCAGUUUACCUGUCGCUGGCGUAACGUGCUCAUCUGUGUGUACACACCAUGUUUCCUCAUGCUGCUGCUGUUCUUCCACGCUGGGAUUGUGGUGUGUAUGAGGAUGGCUGGAGUAAAAGCACCAUGGACCCCAGAAAAUCCUCAAUUUGAGGCCCCGGGAACUUUAAAAAAUAGGGGUUUCGCACCACUUCCUCAAGUUUUCUGGAGGAAUGACCUUCACAAAGAAGCCUUUUGGAACCAACUCCAGCUAGCUGUUGACCGCCAUUUCAAUCCCAUCCUGCACCCCAAUAUGACCAAGAAAGGAUUAAGAAACAGCAGGUUUGAGUCCGUGGUAAGACAAAGCUUCUCUGAAGCUACAAAACAGGAAAACAUGAGGAAGACCUUUCACAGUCUUCCACAUCACAUUCAGAGGUUUGUGAACCACAUGCUAAGGAGGAGCUACCCAAUCAUCCUCCAACCGGACGGAGAAUGUGGAACGCAGGGAAAGGAUGAGAAAAAGCCUCCGCUGCUUCUGUUUGCAAUCAAGACAGCAGAGUUAAACUUUAAGAACCGCCAGGCCAUUCGACAGAGCUGGGGGAAGGCAGGAUGGGUGGCAGGACAGAAGAGAAACAGCAGCGUUGGAGAAGAAGUUGGCGGUUCCGUCCAGAGGGUGUUCCUGCUAGGAAAAGAAAACUCAGAUGAUCUCGGAGUGAACAUCUCACAGUUACUGAAGAUGGAGAGUAAACACUAUGGAGACAUUCUGCAGUGGGACUUUGAAGACACAUUUUUUAACCUCACCUUGAAGGAUGUGCUCUUCUGGAGGUGGUUCUCAGACUUGCACUGCCGGGCUGUUUUUGUCUUUAAGGGAGAUGACGACAUCUUUGUCAACACCCCGAGACUGAUAACUUACCUCUGGGACCAACUAGAGACUCUACAAGCAAACAAGUCCUUAAAAGACUUCAUGGUAGGAGAAGUCAUAGGAGCAGCCGAACCCGACCGAGCUGACAAAUCCAAGUACUUCAUCCCAGAGAGAUUCUACAGCGGUUCCUAUCCAAGCUAUGCAGGCGGAGGAGGGGUUGUAUACUCAGGUCUGCUGGCCCAGCGCCUGAACCUCAUGUCCAGAAGAGUUCACCUGUACCCCAUCGAUGAUGUCUAUGUCGGGAUGUGCAUGAUGCGGCUGAAUGCCUUCCCUGUCCACCACCCUGCCUUCCUCACAUUUGACUUUCCUGGAAAGGAAGAGAAGCGGCCAUGUUCCUACCACAAAAUCCUGCUGGUCCACAAACGAAGCCCCGAGCAGAUAGUUAGACUGUGGGCUGACCUGAAACAGACACAGACACAGACACAAUGUAAGGACAUACCUCUGAGCGCUGACGUAAAGAUAAAGGACAAAAACUUACCGUAACCGUAAGACUCUUACAAG